UUUCUCCAAGAAUAGGUCAAAGACAGUGCAAGAAAUGAAGAGUCUGAUAUACUAUUCCAAUGUUAUAGAAGGCAAUAAGCCUUACAUUUCAGUGCUCUUUAUACAGUUUGUAUAUGCAGGAAUGGCUUUGUUCUCUAAGGCAGCAAUUUCUAAAGGAAUGAACCCUUUUGUCUUUGUUGUUUAUCGUCAAGCUUUUGCCUCAGUUGCAUUAGCUCCAUUUGCUUUCUUUCUUGAAAGCAAGAAAGCUCCUCCUCUAUCAAAUGGGUUACUUUGCAAAAUCUUCUUCGUUUCCUUUUUUGGACUUGCUAUGAGUAUGAACCUCUACUAUGUCGCCAUCAACAACACAACUGCGACAUUUGCUGCUGCCACCACUAACAUAAUUCCUGCCAUUACCUUUAUAAUGGCUGCCCUAUUAAGGAUAGAAAGUAUUUCCAUAUGGCAUGUGCAUGGGAUUGCGAAGUUAUUGGGUUCAGCAAUAACAGUCUCUGGGGCUUUAGUUUUUGCCUUCGUCAAAGGACCUCCAUUGAAGUUCAUGAGGUGGUAUCAAGACACUUCUAAUCAUAACCCAUCCAUGAAGAAUUGUUGCUCAACACAAGAGUGGAUUAAAGGGUCUCUCCUUAUGAUCUCAGCCAAUAUAUUGUGGUCUCUGUGGUUUGUUUUGCAGGGUCCCAUUGUGAAGCAAUAUCCGGCAAAAUUGCGUCUCACAGCUCUCCAAUGCUUCUUUUGCUGCAUACAAUCAGCUUUUUGGGCCAUUGCUGUGGAGAGGAAUCCUUCAGCAUGGAAGCUUGGAUGGGAUGUUCAUCUUCUUGCUGUGGCCUACUGUGGAAUAGUGGUGAAUGGAAUUUCUUACUGGUUGCAAGUAUGGACAAUAGAGAAGAAAGGCCCAGUUUUUGCAUCAAUGUUCACUCCAUUAGCACUUGUUAUUACUGCCAUCUUGUCGGCAUUUUUGUGGAAAGAAACCCUUCACUGGGGAAGUGUUGGUGGGGCAAUUUUGCUGGUGGGUGGGCUUUACGGUGUACUAUGGGGGAAGAACAAGGAAGAAGCAAAAAGUGUAACAAAUGAACAAGUUGCAGAAACUAACGAGGAAAUCACAUUGGAGUGCAUUACACAUCAGUAGGUGAUGGGAAUAGAAAAACAAGUGACCUUCUCCAUGCCUAUAAUAAUCACUUCAUAGCUUUCCUUUCUAACUAGGAAACUUAGAAUAUGAGUCUAGUCAAUUUUUGUUUUCUAUUUCUUUGUUUCUUCCCUACUCCCCUUUUUUUUCAACCAUAUAUAAAUGGACAUAUUCAUAUAGAUACAUUAGAUACAUAAGUAAUGUAUGUUUGUAUGUAUUUUUGUAUGUACAUGUAUAUGUGGUUAAAACAAAUAUAUGUUCAUUUUCUAGAA